AUGAAGUCCUUCACCCAGCUCGUCGUGUUACUCUUGUUAAGUGCAGCUGCACUCGUACUGGCUGCGCCCAGUCCUCACCUUAACGUCGAUCUGUCGUCCAGGGACGUCGAUGGCCCCGAUGAUUAUGGCAGGUGUAUGGGCGAAGUAUGCAUCUGA